AUGCCGAAAAAGAGGCACCAGAACAAGUACUCCAAGCCACAGUCCACUGCCCCAGCGUCGCUCAGCAGCAGCAGUACCAGCUCCCAUCACGGUAACGGCGGUGCAGACCAUCAAUCCCAUGGCCGCCAAGUGAAUGAGCUCCUCGCUGACCUUCGUCGCGCCGGCCCGAGCGCCAACCGCCAGCACCAUGUGGCCGAUCUAGUCAGUCCGAGUGUACCGCCCGCCAUCCGCCAGAUUCUCCAGCUGCCGGAGACCCCACCGCCCCGCCCGCGCCGUCCCGUCCGGACUGGCCCCGGCGGAGUAAGGCUGCCCGCGGGCCCGGCGCCGCCACGCAGCUGGCUGUCUGGCCCCGGCCGCACCGUCGAUCACGUUAGUAAUCAGCGCGGCCCCGUAAAUGCGAGAGAUUAUGAGCACCGGCCCCUUCCGGGAAUGACCCUCCCCGGACGGGGUAAUCUAAUCGACAUGAUUCUCCGCCGGUUCGCUCUCGACUGGGAGUGGCAGCGUUCAUACUGCCGCUACCAUCUUUACGACCUCCCAACUCACCUCCGCGUGGCGUUACUCGCCUACCUAGUCAGAUAUGCCCGCGACGGCGUAUCCAUCCAUGAUUUGGAAAUCAUUCUUCUCCCUGCUCCUGACCUCGAACCGGAGGAUGCAUACCCUGUCAUCCCCCCCAGCAUAGCAAACGCCUCCUUCCGCCAUCUCGACCUGUCCAACUUGCUCGGCCGUUCCCUCCGCCUGCGCGAGCUCUCAGACCUGCUCUUUCCCCCUCAGCCAACCUCCCCGAUGGAUCCUCAAGAAUCGUGGGACCAAGAAUUCGCCUUGGAGGACGAACCCCCCUCUUCCUCUCCCUCCAUCCCGUGCGCUUUGCUUCCCAACUUGACGCACCUCUCUCUCGCUCUAAGCCCAGACCUGGCAGCCGCACCAAACGCCCUGUCUUCCUCCACCGCGCAAUCACCAUUACCAUCCUGGCGACACCUGUUGUCCCUAGCAAGCCAUCUGGGGCCAAGUCUAACGCACCUGAGCCUCGCCUUUUGGCCGGAACCGACCCUCACCCCCAACGCGCACGCUCGGCUCGCCGCCGUCGUCUCCCCACACACGGGCAGGAAUAUCUCCUACGGGGGCACCGGCUUCUACAGCCACUCUCUCGACGAUGACUGGGCUGAGGCGGUUCUCGUCCUCCGCAGGCUCAGUCGCUGCCUAUACCGUCUAGAGUACCUCGACCUGACAGGUUGUGGAGGAUGGGCGCCCGCUCUCUGGGCUGAGGCUCCCGCAGUGGAUGGGGAGGACGGUGGUGUUGAUGGAGAAGGGAAAGGAGGCAGGGAUAUGGUUGACUGGGUGGGCGCCUGGGGCAAGAUGCAACGCCUGGUCUUGUACCCCGGGUACGGGCUCCGUGAUGACGCCGGGGCGGCAGAGACGGAGAGCUACUGGCGGGUCGUAGACCACGCGAGGAGGUUGGAGCGGCAUGCCAGGGGCCAGAGACAGGGGAAAGGGAGCGUUUUUGGGGUUGAGACGGUCAGUAGGGAGGGUACGUAGGCGGGAGGCCGGACACAUAUAGAUUUGCGCUUUGAAGUGAAGAUCCAGACUAGCCGGCUGACUGCCGCUUGGGCCUAUAUCCCCAUUGAUUGCUAUUCGUGUCCUCACGUUAUUAUGAUACCGUCUCUCCCGAUCUCCGGACACGGCCCUACCUUUCUUUGCAUGGCAAUCUGGCGCGGGAGAGAACAUCGAACGUCCAGUGGAGCAUUUCUUCCGACACAACUGCCGGACCACCACUACCACAUUCAUUGAAUCUUCAACGACGCUACAUCUCACCUUACUCCC